AUGUUCGACAUCGUGUUCCACUUUGUGUCUUACCUCCUCCACGGCUUAUUCCACGUUCUUUGCCUCUUCAAGAAACGUCGGAAUGUCUCCGAGAAGUCUCUCCUGAAGCGGCUUCACAAACCGGGAAAGAUCUUGACUGCCCCGAUCUUGGCGCAACUCCAAUCAGUCUUCAAGCAUGAUCGUAAGAUCUGGUUCGACGAUUUCCAAUUCCCUUGGCAUCCCGACCGAAAAUUUGGACCAGCAAAGGUAGCAGAACUGCUGAUGAAAAUCAAGGAAGUAGGAGAUGAGCGGGUGAUCGUUCUAGUAUCAGCAUAG